AUGGACGUGCGGGCGGUGUACUACGUGCCGCGACCCAUCGGCAUCUCCUCCGGCGCCAAGGAUCUCUAUACAGUGGCCUUUAAGGAGCUUCACAAGCGGGACCUCUACCUCAUCGCCAAGGUGUUGCGUGCCAACACUUUGCGACUGGAGCCAUGGGACAACAAGGAGGACCACUCGAACUUCUUGGAGCAAUGCAGGGACCUUGGCCUCUUUGUCAUUCCCACCUUCGACAUGAGGUAUUUCUUCCAGGAGCAGUGGUUGAGGAGCGACUCCUUGGAGCGCGAGAAGGAGAUGCUGAGGCACUUUGACCGGCUUCUCCUGAACGUGAAGAGCAAAGAUCCCAUCUUGGCCUGGACGGUGAACCACGCCCUGCCUCUCAAUGAGACCAUCGCCAAGACCCCCAAGGACUCGUGGCAAGCGGACGACUCCAGGCGCAAGAUCUACUUCUCGAUGGUGGCGGCCCUCAGGAAGGGCCACUACCGCAGGGAGUGGCUGGAGGACCAGGCGGAGUUCAUGCGGCCGCUGCUUCUGCCGGUGGACCUGGACUCCCGGACCAGCGACACCGACGUGGCGUGGUACCUCGCGCUGGCGGAGACAGCGUGGGCCACCUGGCCUACGGAGUUCAAGGAUGCCAAGGAGAUGCAAAGCCUGAAGGAGCUGGGGGCCUUCGAUGGAUGGAUCGGGUACACCACGCCGGCCAGCUCUCACCAGGGUCUUGACGAGACCACCAACCAGGCGCGCAUCAUGACCCUGCCGGCGGGGGACACCCACGACAGGCCCCCGGGCUCCGAGUCCGAUUUCCCCAAGUGCCUGGAGGAGGAAAGCGGUGUAGGCUGCAACUUCAAGAGCCGCAAGGUGAAGAUUUUGCAGUUCGGCUUCGGAGCUCUGCAGCCCUCCAAGCUGCGGUACCUGAAGAUGGAGGUGGACGCCGUUCAGCAGCAGACCUCGCUGAAGGAGGUUUGGGAGCAUCGCCUGAAGCAGCCGGACUACCGCUGCCAGCUGGCGGGUGUGGUGAUUGACCAGUGGGCCGAUGAUUGGGACCGCUGCGCCGCCGAGCGCGGGCUGCGCUCGAACCCCUUCUUCCAGAACAUCGGCGGGGUCUGCGAUGACGUGGCAAAUGACAAGCGGCGGCACCUCGAGUGGUUCGGCAUCAGCGGUCAGUACGACUCCUUCGGGACCCAUUGCAUCGACCCCCGCUUCUUGGGACGCGGUUCCUUGGCAUUCUACGGCUUCCGCUUCGAGGAAGUUGGCGAAAAGCUAGACGAGCUGGAUCUGAUGACGGACCCGGACUUCACUGGCUUCUGCCACCGCCUCAUGCCCAGCUGGGUCCAGGUCAGCUGCAUCAUCGUGGGCUGCGUGCUGCUGGUGGGGAUUUGGUGCUACCGCUCCUGGAAGAUUUGUUGCCACCGCGAGAAGGACACCACUUCGCAGAUGGAGAUGGAGGCUGUGGAGGCAGACGAGCUUCGCACUCGGCAAAGCGUGGCUUCGCGGCUCACGCGAGCCCGGCGCACCAUGGUAGACGAUGCCGCAGCACUGAGCAGCGCGCUGACCACCCCUGCAAGCUCAGCGCCGGCCAGUGCUACUGGCUCCCACACGCCCAGCGAGGAUUCCGAAUCGUCUAGAAGUCGCGCGCCCAUUGUCAAGGUGAGUAUCCAAAUGCAGGUGCCGCAACUCUGCGAGCAUAAGGGCGCGCGUCCGGAGCCGUUGCUUACGCUGGAGGUGGCCAACUCCCGGCAGCGGGGCUUGGGCCAGGAGCAGGCCAUGUUCCACCUGCAGGCGCACCACGCGGCGCAGGUGAGGCGGCUCCAACACCAGGUGGAGUGCGAAGCGCUGAGCUUGCAGGCCUUGGGCUUCCUGGAGGCGCAGUGCCGGAAGCUGGCGGUGGCCAACGUGCACGCCCGGGCCAUGGAAGGCUACCUGGUCUGGCUGCAGAACCGGGCUGAGCCCCAGAGGGACCGCCAGGGCCGAGACAAGGUGGAGUUCCUGAUGGGGGAGGCAGAAGAGCAGCGCGACUCCUGGGAGCUUUGGGUGGAGAUGCUGCUCCUCCGGACCUUGGAGUCCUUGGCCGAGCACAGCCUACACGCGCCCGAGUUCGUGGCUGCAGUGUACGACCGAAUUCGCUUCGGCGACAGCCACGACGAGGUGCGGGUGCCAGUCGAUGCUGAGUUCACCCUGAAGUAUGACCUGAUCCUGAGCGGUGUCGAGGCCUUGCGCCGGAAUGGGGACCCCUUUCGCGGGGGCGUGAACUUCGAUGAUGUGAACGAGCUGGGCUUGGAAGGUCGUAUUGACACCCUGUCGAAGACGUACCGUGAGGCGGCUUCACUUUGGGUCGUGCUGGACUUGCUGUCCAACUUUCAGCCCGUCUUCGUGAUGAAGGUUUGGAUCUUCCUGCUGGCGUUUUAUGCCUACAUGUCCCAGGAUGACCGGAAUGGGUACUUCUGGUUUCCCACCUUCAAACGGGCCAACGCGCUGCAGUACAUUGCCUUGUGCGAGUCCGCGGGUUCUGCGGUUCUGGAGGUGCUCAUCAUUUUUCAUGGCCUGGAGCAAUGGCACCCCCGGAGCUUCCUGCGGGUCUGCUGCAGGGCGCAGGGGCGCGGCCGGGCGCCGCUGCGCUGGCUGCUGCGGCGCUUGUUCACUCUGGUGCUGUCCGCAGGCUGCGCCGUGGCCGUUUUCUGCAAGAUGCACAUUCUGGAGAUUGAUCUCAACGCAAAGAAGGAGGACAUCCCGGAGCUGCGGGACGGCUACAGCGAAGAGCUGAAGGAGGCGCUGAUCACCGCCUUGGUGGUCAUCGGGCUGCGGAUUUUGUGCUACGCGCUGACGACGAGGCCCUAUGCCAUUCCCUUUAUCGAGGGCAGGCCCAAGAAGAAGUCGUCUGCUCCAGCGUCGCAGCCCACGCUGCCGCCGCUGAACGCCUCCGCGCCGCUGCUGCGUGCCGCCUCCCAGGCCUCCGUGGCGAGGUCUGUCAAUGAGGAUGUGGAGGAACAGGACUCUCGAGAAGAAAGGGGCGGAUUAGCCACCGAAGAGAUCCAGCUGCUCCGUGACUUUGCCUGGCUCGCCAUGCUUACGGCCUGCUUCUUCUUCGAGAUGCGCUUCAUUGUGCCCUUGAUCGCCGACUUCGAGUUCGGAGCAUUCUGCGGGGACACGUGUCAGAUCCGCCACACGAAGCACUUCCGGCUGAUCACCAGCGAGUGCUUCGCCUGCAGUGGUGGCCUGGCGCUCUGCUGGAGCCUGGUGAUCCUCACUGGCUUCUUCGAUGUCUACUACAUCUUCUACGCUGGGACGGCCAUCUUCGGCUACGGUAUGGGCGAAUGGCGAGGCUUGCGCAACGUGCUGGCUACUGCGUUGCGACAUCUGGACAUGGACUCCGGUUCCACCGGCCGGGUGCCGGGCUAUGAGCAGCGGAGAACUCACUCGCACCGGCUCCAGAUCAGCGACGGGGCAGCCAUGCAGAUGGUCUUUGGCGUGUCCUGGCGCAUGGUGUGGAGCCGCAUCGUAGAAGCCCUCUACGAGGACUGCGUGAUCUCCUCCAGGGAGGCCAAUGCAAUGGUGCAGGCGGCCAGCACUGUCCGCUGGGCCUCAGAGACCAAGCGGAGUUUACCCAAGGACCAAAUCAGCAGGCUGCGGUUCAGCGCCACGCAGCUCCGGAACGGCGGCGGGCCAAAGGAUGCCGUCGCCGCCGGUGCCCGGCACCGCUGCAUCUCCAUGCUGGAGGUGCAGGUGCGCUCGGGUAGAAGCACCGGGCAGCCAGAGAGGCGCGUGCUGCAAGACAUCGAGGACUUCACGGUGGACUGCGUGCUGGACGGGGACUUGCGAGAAGGCUUGCUGCAGGCGCUCGCGGAAAACGCAGAGACCCUGCCAGCGCUGAAGGCCUUCGAGCUGCCCGCGGGCAGCAAGCUGCUGGCGGUGAACGACGCGUGGCCCUCCUUGAAGGAGGAUCUGGUGGAGGAGGUUCAGAAGGCCAGCUUGCCGGCGCUGCUGGUCUUCGAGCGUGCCGGCAUCUCCUUCUCCGAGGUUGAGAUGGAACUCUCCCCCCCUGCGCGGGUGAAGUCCGUGUCCUUUGCCACGGGCAAGGACGACCCCAGCCUGGACCCGGUGUGCUGGCAGGUGGAAGGCUUGGUGGUGAACGAGCAGGGGCAGGGCGUGUGGAAGCAGCUGGUGUGGCAGGACAAGCCCUACCUUCCCCCGUGGAAGCGCGAGACAGACCUCUGCAUGGUUUUCGACGUGGAGCACUGGCGGGUCUCCGGCAAGGCUGGUAGCAUCACGCUGCAGUCCUUCCUCCCGGUGGUGCAAGAGCGCCUGAGCUUCUUUGCGGCCUCCCUGCGGAGCCUGCUGCGGGCGGGGGACAAGUACAGCAUCCGUCCUGGCAUCGACACGCUGCUGGACAGCCACGUGGGGAACAUCCCCUCCUUGACGCAGGUGAUUCCUUGCUACAACGAGACGGUGAUCCUGAGCAAGCAGUUCCUCCAAGAUGAAGACGGGGUCAACACAAACCUGGGCUUCAUCAUCUCGCAGUUCCCCGAAGAGUGGGAGUUCUUCUGCGAGAGGCAUGGGUAUACCGUGAAGGACAUGUACAAGGCCUUUCUGAGCCGGGACUCCCCGAUGGACCCCACCUUGUGCAUGGAGGUGCGCAUGUGGGCAUCUAUGCGGUCUCAGACAGUCGCAAGGACCGUGGUGGGGGCAAUGCAGUACCAGGAGGUGGUGGCUUUGCUGCCCAGCGUGCAGGGCUCCGAACAGCCGGGGCAGGCACUGGAGCAUUGCGUGGAGCUGGUUCUGGCGCAUCAGACCUACGGCAGCAAGGCAGGGACCAAGGAGAAUGACGAAGCCGUGCGGUACUUGCUGGCCAAGUACCGGGACCGGUGCUUCUACCUGGUCUUCGACUUCGACCAGGAGAAGAGCAAGCCGGCCCUGGUGACGGCCGUGAACAGCUUCGUCAAGGAGAAGUACCGCUUUGAUCGGCCAGUGCGCUAUGCGAGCGUGCUGGCGAAGCUGCGUCCCAACUUUGCGGCAGACCUGAGCAAGGAAGUGCCGGAGAACGCCCUGCAGCUGGUAGAGGUGCUGCCCAGGUGUUUUCCGCUGCUGGUGGGAACGCCGGGAUUUAUGACGCAAGGCAAGGCCGGCAAUCAGCUGGGCGCUUUGCGCUUCUCCAAGGGUCACGUGCUGCAGAUGAUGGACGCCAACAUGGGCGCCUUCCUGGGAGAAGCCAGCAAGGUGCCCUUUAUCCUUCGGCGGUUCCAGCCGCACUGGGCAGACAGGACCACGGUCCGUGCCCGGAUCAUCGGCUUCCGUGAGUUCAUCUUCACGGAGAGUCACGGUGCCGUGGGCAGCGUCAUGGCCUCGGCGGAGUGGUCCUUCGGCACCAUUUGCCAGCGCUUUCUGGCGGGCCUCGGUGCGCGAAUGCACUACGGGCACCCGGACUUCCUGGACGGCUUCUGGGCCUCCAACCGCGGCUCCCUCUCGAAAGCCUCCCCGGCCAUCAACCUCUCCGAGGACAUCUUCGCAGGCUUCAACGUGAGGAUGCGAGGUGAGAGCUCCAAGCACGUGGACACUUUGGCCUGGGAGAAGGGCCGCGAGAGCUCCUUCAACGCGGCCUCGCUCUUCUACACCAAGGUCAGCAAGGGCAAUGUGGGAGUGAUGCGAUCCCGAGACCUCAAGGUGAUCACCCAGAACAUGAAUGUGGUUGACAACUUCUCUUUUUACUUCGCAUCUAUCGGGUUCUAUCUGAACAACCUGCUCAUCGACGCAUCCUGUUCGGUCUACGUCUUCCUCUUCAUCCUCCUGGCUUUGGCCUCCAAGUCCCUGCAGGACGUCGCCUCCUUGGACUCCAUGCUCGCCACGGAGUGGACGCUGUCGAUGGGCACAAUCGCAAUGUUCCCCAGAUUCAUGGAGCUGACGCUGGAGUACGGGCCUUUGGAGGGACUGCUGCGGUUCUUGCCCUCGAUCCCUGGCUGCAUGACGAUGUUCACCUUCAUCAACAAGUCCAUCGCAUCUGGUGUGCAGGAGACGAUGAUCACAGGAGAGGCGUCCUACAUUGCCACUGGACGGCCCAACGCCAACACCCACUACAGCUGGAAGGAGUGUUACUUCAUUUUCUGUACCAGCCACUACUACCCAGCCCUCAGGAUCUUUUGUAGCUACUAUGUCUAUGUGCUGGUGUCGCAGGCGCUUGGCUUCUCGACGCUCCCGAUGAUGGUGCUGUUGGCCUCCUCUUGCAUGUGGCUGAUUGCGCCCAUUGCGUUUUGCCCGCAGCCCACCCUGAGUUCAAUGGGUCGUGACUUGAACGAGUUCUGGCAGUUCACGAUCGCCACCCCUGAUUGGAGUGUGCGGUCCAGCGCCCAGCGCCGCUCCUUCGAGUCAACGGAGGAGCAUUUGCGCACGGGUCUGCGAGAUCCUCGGAGCUCCCUCUAUGAGUUUUGGCUUCUGCGAGCUUUGGAGCACAAGAAGUUCGGCUGCUUCCAGCGCGUGUGCUUCCUGACCUACGACGGCUGUUGCCUUUUCUUCCUGCUGGCAGUUGUGUACAGCUCCUUGCUGGACAACGUGUGGGUAAUGGUGCUGCUGUACAGCAUCCACUACCUGCUCAUGGAGAUUUGGCGGCUGCUCUACCGGCCCACGGUGAUCACUUUGAUGACCACAACCAUGUGGCUGCUUGUGCCUGUCGUGAUCGAGAUACCCAUGCUCAACACUGUGGUGCUCUUGCUGGUCAUGGUGAUGUCGUUGCAGGUCAUCAAGAACGUGGUGCUUCUCAUCGUCUGGAUGCUGCUUAGCCCCAAGCUGGACUGGAAGAAGAUGCCGGAGAGUACGGAGUCCGAGCGCAGCGCCAAGAAGGCGGCGUCUCGACGAGUGCUGCAGUACGACAUGGUGGUUGAGUACUUGUACGUCAAUAUGAUGGGCCACCAGCUGCACUUGUACGCUGCCGUGGCUAUCCUCGCGAUCAACUUGGGCACGCAGUUCCUGCUGGUGCUGGCGGACAUGCUUUUCGGUUUCCACUCCUGGGCCUUACUGAACUCACGGCUCCGGAGUCGAACCUGCUGCCAGCGGCGGCGCGGGUACGAGCCCUGAGGUGAAGUCCGAGAGCCUUCAGAGCCUUUGACUUGGCGCCCAAGUCACCUGCGGUACAAACCGCAGGGGGUGCCGUUGGAGCAAGUUGCGUGGCACUUUCGGUGGUUGCGU